CCAUUUCUUCGUGAUUUUUGCUUGCACAAAAACCCGAGAAUUUCGAAGCGGAAACCGAAUCAAACCGAGCGCGAGGCCGCGAGAGGCGGGAGCGGCAGCAAUGGAGGCGCUGCUGGAGCUCGAGAGGGUGCAGAGGGUGCUCUCCCUCAUGAGUUCGCGCGGCCUCUGCAGCACCGGCUCCGGCGGCGGCGGCGACGGCGGCGGCGGCGCCGACCGCUUCCUCGCCCAGUUCCUCCUCUUCAUGGUGCAACCAUUUGAUUCUCUCAGCAUGGAGAAGAAGUUCCUAUUGGUCUCUGAGAUGUUAGGAAAGGUUACUCCUGAUACUAUGGAAGAAGUGCAGCAUCUAUCCCGUCUGGAAGGUAGUAACUGCAUAGAUGCUGAUCCAGAUAUAUCUUCUGGAGCUUUACUACAGCCAAAUAAGAAGUUCAAGAUGCAGGCUGACAAAUCAACCAUUCAGGCUGCGCCUAUGGUUGGUUUUGAUGCUAUGACAAGAGCCAAGUCUACGCUUGAAGACUUUUGCAGAUCGUACUUCAUGUUUCAUGGACUGGACGUUAACAACCCACAAUCUGUUUUCAAGUAUCUACCUAUUCUUUCUUUCACAGAGAGCUAUAUAUAUCAGUUAGAUGCUUCAAAUGAGGACUCUUUGGAUCUGGUCUCAGACGACAGCAGUUCUUCAAAAGCGUUGGAAAGGAAGAAAAAAGUCUUUGAUGAAACAUCCUUGUCUCAAAUGAUUGAACCCCUUAAUGGUCUUCUUCGGUGUCAGGGGUUAAUGACAGAUCGAUUGCGGACCGAACUCGAAUCAGGCAUUCAGUACUGGUCUUUAGAGCGGAAGCUCUGCCAAGCAUUAUCAAGAAAUGAGAAGAUCUCAAUCGAUGAUGUGAUGAAAGCAAUCCAUGUCAAAUCAUUUGAUUAUCGAGUUCUUAAUCUCUUGAUGUAUCAGCUAACUGGUCAGCAGGUCAAUGAAUUGCAUAUGGACUUCUUGUCAGUUUCAGAAUUUUUGGUUGAGAUAUCUGAUGACCUGUAUGAUUAUGAGGAUGAUGUGAUGAACAAUACUUUCAAUAUCCUCCGCAUGUAUGCUGCGAUAUAUGGACCUUCAGAGGCACCAAAUAUGCUGGUGGAAAAAUAUCAGGUCAUGCUUAUGGAACAUGGAAUAUACCUCCUGUGGUAAGCGAUGAAGAAUCGUUCCGAUGUGAAAGAUCGAGCAAACAUGAUGCUUCUGCUGCGACCAUUUGACGACAAUUUUCAUGUUCCAAGCAAGCUCAGUAUAGACUGCUAGUAAGUGUCCUACCCGUAUACAUAUUUCCGUUCUUGUCAGGUGAAAUGCAGAUUGCAGGAUGGCCUGCAAUACGUGAGGUGCUAGGGUGUGUUCAGUGUGGAACUUGUUGAGGUUACAGUCGUCCUUGGCCUUACCUUCUGUCCCUUAGUUGCCAUAGGCAUGCCCACUUCUAAUUCAAAUUUCUGUUCAACCAUUUAGUUGACUUGCUCUCCCUUUUCCUAACAUCCUCCAUUUUCUUUCCUCUUUACGCUCAAACCCUAAGUUCCUCUCUUCUGUGGUCUGCCAUACAACACUAGAUUCUGACCAAAUUCUUUUGUUCCUUUUCCCGAUGGUUCAUCCAUUCAGUGCCAAUGAUGAUGUCGAAUGGCCCUUUCAUAGUAACUCAUUACACAAUGACCGUCAUUCCCAUAAGCAUAUUAGUUUGGUGCUGAGCAAUGCUUCGGCCAUUUUCUAUGCUCUGAGUGAACUUAGGCACAAUCAAAACAAUAUCUUCUUUGUGGCACGCACAACCACCAUAAAGCAUCCCCCAAAUGAGAAAGGAGGUAAAUUUCUCGGGGAGCGGCAUUUUCUUGUUCUUCUGCAAGGUUGUAGAUGAGCAUGGCGGUUCUGGUUGAUGUGAAUUGGACGGCAGAAAUAGUUCAGAGUCACAUACAGAUCUUGACAAAACUCGGAUGCUGAAUCCAAUCGUUUCUUCUCGA